AUGAAUUCGGAUACUACAGGUCCAGAUAAUGCCAAGAAGAUUGAUGCUGUGCAGUUAUCAAAUAAUACGAUAAGCAAGCGAAUUAGCUCAAUUUCUGACACAGUCGAGAACGAACUUAUAAGAAGAUUGAAAUCUUCUGAAUUUUUUAGUUUACAGCUUGAUGAAAGUUCCGACGUAGCGGGGCUUGCUGCACUUCUUGUAUUUGUGAGGUACCCAUUCGCAAUGCAAAUUGAAGAGGAGCUUUUGAUGAGCGAAGUACUUGAGACUUACACCACUGGCGACGAGAUUUUUAAAGUUAUCGACCAAUUUAUACAGAAAAAUGGUUUGAAAUGGAGCAAGUGCGUGGAUAUUGCAGUGAUGAAGCGGCCGCAAUGGUUGGAAAAAGCAAGGGAGCGGUGUCUAGGAUUAAGCAAGUGGCAGAAAACGCCACCAGCAGCCACUGUGUUAUCCAUCGACAUUCCCUGGCGACAAGAAAGAUGCCACAAGAUUUAA